AUGCCGACCCCGGGAGUAAAGGGUGCACGGGAGCGAGCCAAAAAGAGUGCACCUGGAGCUGGAGCUGGAGCUGGAGCUGGAGCUGGAGCUGGAGCUGGUGAGAAGCGCAUUAAGGGCCCUUGGACUACAGAGCCUCCUAAGCCAGGCUGGGCAUUGACUCAGGAAAAGCUGGCAGCCUUGUCCCCCACACUACGCCGACGCCACCUGCUCUUUGGCGACCUACUUGAUGACAUAGGCGAGGUAGCCUCCAUGUUUCCACGCGAGUCGGUGGAGUUACCCUACGGCAUGCCAGACCCGCGCACCUGGACGCAGGCAUUAGAGCUACCAUCUGAGCGUCAAAAUCGGCUCCUGGGCAUCCUUAAGGCCGCGGAAGCCCGGGGCCGAGUCCGCGCCCUGCGCUUGCGCUACACCCGAAUGCGGGCAGAGGAAAUCUCUCUCCUGAUCCAGAAGCAGAGCUCCGCGCGCGCCGCCAUCCGACUGGAACUGUUCCUACCACCCCAACUGAAGCCCACGAAGAUCCCUGAUCCUCUGGAUCGACAAGAGGUGCGGGGAAGCCCGGGGUCAGGUGGGAGGGUGCUAUGCCUCGCCACACACUGGCUCCAGUCCCUCUCUCUGCAGCGGAGGCGUGUUGAGACAAUCCUGGAAGAGGAAGUAGACGGCAACAUCUUCCCCCGAUGA